GGGGUGGCCGCGGCAAAACAAAAAAAGAAAUUAGACAUAAAAUUAUUAAAAUGGCCUUGUUAAAACUCAAACGUUACAGUUAAACAUAAUUCAGUUUUCUCUUUCUUCCUCUCUAUUCCAGGCUUCCUCUCUCCCUCUCCAGAUUCACUAAUCACACGACAAAAGCGCGCGGCCGCCUCACUCUGCCUCCAGUCCCAGAGUGCUCCUCUGCUCGCUGCGGGCCUGCGGCCGCCUCUGUGGCCGUUCGUCGCUCUCUGUUCGCCGCAACCUCAUCUGUCUCCAGAUUGCGUUGCUGUUUUGUUCAAAAGGUAUACCAUAAAUUUGGAUGCAUUUGUGACUGGAUAGACAAGUUAAAGAACUCAUUCAUUCAAAUAUUUCUGUUAAAGAAGUUUGUAGAAAGUAACACUGACUAACAUAUUCUGGAGAAGUGGUGGUAUAUUUCUGAUGAGGGUGCUUCAAAUCCCCCAACUUGUAAGACAUGGUCCAUUUCAAAGUCACCCAUGUUGCUACACUUCGCAUGUGUCUUCAAGAUUACCGGUAUGUUUUGUUUCAUUGAACCCUUCAAGUUCAACCAACCCCACAAAUGACAUCACGAACAACAACAAUGAUUUGAUUCAAUCGUUAUGUAGAGGCGGCAAUCUUAAGCAAGCAAUUCAGGUCUUGUGUACCGAGCCGAAUCCAACUCAGAAAACUUUCGAGGUUUUGAUAUGUUCUUGCGCGCAACAUAACUCUCUUUCUGAUGGUCUUGAUGUUCAUCACCGUCUUGUCGGUAAUGGUCUUGAUCAAGACCCGUUUUUGGCUACUAAACUUAUUAAUAUGUAUUGUGAGUUAGGGUCUGUUGAUCAUGCUUGUAAGGUGUUUGAUGAAACUCAGGAAAAAACUAUAUAUGUGUGGAAUGCACUAUUCCGAGCGUUGGCUAUGUUGGGCCGUGGGGAGGAGUUGUUAGAUUUGUAUGGUCAGAUGAAUUGGAUUGGCAUUCCAUCGAAUAGGUUCACGUAUACGUAUGCACUUAAAGCUUGUGUUGUUUCAGAGUUGUCGAUUUGCUCUUUUCGGAAGGGUAAGGAGAUUCAUGCUCAUAUUCUGCGACAUGGUUAUGAAGGACAUGUUCAUGUUAUGACAACUUUGUUGGAUGUAUAUGCUAAGUUUGGUUGUAUAUCUUAUGCAAGUUUUGUGUUCGGUGCUAUGCCUGCUAAGAACAUUGUCUCGUGGAGUGCCAUGAUUGCGUGUUAUGCGAAGAAUGAAAUGCCCGUGAAAGCAUUGGAAUUGUUUCAGCUAAUGAUGCUUGAGGCAUGCGAUUCCGUUCCAAAUCCGGUUACAAUGGUUAGUGUGCUUCAAGCUUGUGCAAGUCUUGCUGCAUUGGAACAUGGAAAGUUGGUUCAUGGCUAUAUCAUUAGAAAGGGUCUUGAUUCUAUAUUGCCGGUUCUUAACACCCUUAUAACAAUGUAUGGAAGAUGCGGUGAGAUUUCGACAGGACAACGUGUAUUUGAUUAUAUGAAGAAACGCGAUGUUGUUUCAUGGAAUUCUUUGAUUUCUAUUUAUGGUAUGCAUGGUUUUGGAAAGAAAGCCAUCCAAAUUUUUGAAAAUAUGAUCCACAAUGGAGUUUCGCCGAGUUACAUAUCGUUUAUUACGAUUUUGUGUGCUUGCAGCCAUGCAGGCCUUGUUGAGGAGGGGAAGAUUUUGUUUGAAUCUAUGCUUAGUAAAUAUAGGAUUCGUCCACGUAUGGAACAUUAUGCUUGUAUGGUUGAUCUUCUUGGCCGAGCUAACAUGUUUGAUGAAGCAAUGAAACUAAUAGAAGAUAUGGAUUUUGAACCAGGACAGACCGUUUGGGGUUCCCUUCUCGGAUCUUGUAGGAUUCACUGUAAUGUUGAGCUUGCCGAGAGAGCAAGCACUAUGCUUUUUGAGUUGGAGCCUAUGAAUGCUGGCAAUUAUGUGCUUUUAGCAGAUAUUUACGCAAAAGCUAGGAUGUGGAAUGACGUAAGGCGUGUGAGGAAAUUAUUAGAAACUCGCGGCCUGCAAAAGAUUCCGAGCUGCAGUUGGAUUGAAAUCAAAAGGAAGAUAUACUCACUUGUCUCUGUGGAAGAGUAUAAUCCACAAAUCGAAGAGCUUCGUGCUUUUCUAAUUACAUUGUUGACUGAGAUCAAAAAUCAGGGUUAUGUUCCGCAGACAAACGUUGUUGUUUAUGAUCUCGAUGAAGAAGAGAAGGAAAGAAUCGUGUUGGGACAUAGCGGAAAGCUUGCCGUUGCUUUCGGACUCAUUAAUACCACAAAAGGCGAAACCAUUAGGAUCACAAACAACUUGAGAUUGUGUGAAGACUGUCAUGCUUUUAUGAAGUUUAUUUCAAAAUUUGCCAAAAGAGAGAUUCUUCUUAGAGAUGUGAAUAGGUUCCACUAUUUCAGAGAUGGAGUUUGUUCAUGUGGUGACUAUUGGUAGUUAUUGGAAGAACACUAUGCAGUUAAAUCCUUAUGAAGUAAUUCUAAUAUAGUCACAUAAAUUGAACGAUGCCAUGGUUCCAUACACAACAAGCCCCACCUCAAGUUGAAGUUAAGAACUUUCCCGCUGAACCUAUUAAAUCUCUUCCUGCUAAUCAGUGGCACCUAUCUAGCCGGUGGAGGUUUGUCAGGUGACAUAUACAGGUGGGAGGUUGAAAGCGGCAGAUUGCUUAAGAAGUGGCAUGCCAGUAAUCAGGCUAUUCGUUGCCUGGUAUUUUCUGAAGAUGACUCGCUUCUGAUAUCUGGAUCUGUAGAUGGAACAGUACGAGUUUGGUCUCUCUUCAUGAUAUUUGAUGAUUUGAGAAGCCGGGAAGCAAGCUCGACUUAUGAGUAUAGUUUUACAGAGCACGUCGGCUCUCAUGGGUGUGUAAAUGAUCUCGUGAUUGGUUAUGGAGGGUGCAGUGCAAUUAUAGUUUCAGCAUCAGAUGAUAGGACUUGUAAGUGAAGAUGGGAAAAUAUUUAUCGUUGCACUUAACACUACAAGAGUCCCUACUAAUAAUCACGGUUCAUAUAUCAUUGAUUCAUUUUCUAACCACAGCAAGAAAGUUACUUGCUUAGCAUAUAGCGCCAUUGAGAAACUUUUAAUUUCUGGAUCCGAGGAUGGAAUAAUUCGAGUUUGGAAUGCCAGUACUCAUAACAUCGUCCGUGUGUUUAAGAAUGCUAAAGGACCCAUAACUAAUAUUCUUGUUCUUAGACAAGAAAAUGACUCAAGUAAUCAUAUGUCUUCCAAUUUACAAGCAGUAUCAAAAAAGCAGGGAUCUCAUAUAUCCCCUUUGGAAAAAUAUACAAAUUCUAUAGAUGAAGACUCAUAAAAAGACAGUUCUCAGUCUUGGGGGUAGCAAGAGAUCCAUGGAUGUUUCAUAGCUUAGUUCUCAUGUGAUUUCUACUUACAGUAAUGAACUUCAGGUUUGUGUGGAAUGAUGAUUACAUGUCUUUAAUAUUUAUAACUAUCGGUCUGUUGUUUUUCAAAGGUUUAAAUAUGUUUUGGGUUCUGGCAAAUAUACCCUUUUUUAUUUUAUUCAUUGUAAAUUUUGUUAUUUUAGUCCUUGCAAACAUAUAUUUUUCUUCGCUUUUAGUCCUUGUUUUAUUUGUCUGUGAAAUAUUUGUUUAGAAUUGAUCCUGUAAUAUUUACAACGUUUGAUUUUAGUCCCUCCGAUUAGAAUUGAUCCUGUAAUAUUUACAACGUUUGAUUUUAGUCCCUC